AUGUACGGAGCAGUCAGCGUGUCUAUCUUAAUUUCUAAUCGCUACCAAACCAGCCCCUUGUCCACUGUAGUUGAAAGCACGAAUGUCCACGUGUAUGAAAUCCCAUAUCCAGCAAUCUCAGUCUGCAACAGUCACCGGAUAAAUACACAUAAAGUAAAUCAAACAAUGAAAAGAUUCCUACCGAAUGCAUCUAAAGAGGACAUUGAGAGUUUCCGGUUGCUUCUCAAUGCACUGGAAGUCCUCGAUUUUGGUUCAUUUGAAGAAUUUGAUUCACUUAAAGGGAGAAAUUUGUCCGCACUCGAAGGACUCAACAUCACCAAAUUGAUCAUUGAGUCUGAAGAAACAACCCUUUGGAGAUCAACGAGCUUUGGCGAAUGGAGUGGCUUUAGGGGUCUUCUCCACGUCCAUCCAGCCCUUGUACGUCGCUACACCUACCCCUCAGGAGUCCUGGCAAUUGUCCAUCAUCCGUACGAGUGGCCACAGCAGGCAAAGUUUAUACCUGUGGCAACGAGUAUCUCUAUUGGCAUUCAGCCCACGGCAUUUUAUGCAUCAUCUGACGUAAGAAGAUUAACAUCCACAGAGCGUCAAUGUAUCUACAAAGAGGAAAUCUCAUCGCACGCAGAGGAAGUUAUGAAUUUGGAAGGACUUCCGUACUUGCGUGCCAACUGCAUGGCUGAAUGUCGUCAGCGUGCGAUGAUGCACUACUGCAACUGCACUCUGGACUUCUUCUAUCCCUCCAAAUGCUCCCGGAUUGACUACAGCAUUGAGGUGUUUGAGAUUCUGGGCAUGGACGCCAGCAAUAAUUCAGUAGCACUGGAUAUUCAUUUCAAGUCAUCAACCAUGCUGAGGUACAGGACGGACCUAACAUUCGGAUGGUUGGAUUUAAUGGUUGCAUUCGGCGGGAUUGCCGGUCUCUUUCUCGGCUGUUCGCUGCUUAGUGGUGCAGAAUUAGUUUAUUAUCUUACAAUUGGCUUAUUUUGGCACAACACCAACCCCCCGCAGCACAGUCGCCCGUCCAAAAGUACCCCGAGGACCCGGCACAGAAUUAAUACAAUUUCCCAUGGAAUUGAACAUGUCCAGCACCAAUGGAGGCUGGCCAAGGGGAACAUACCCAAGGAGCACGCCGGCGACUCUAGCCAUUUUGGAUAA